AUGAGGAUAGUAUGGGAUGAUCACAGAGAAGGUAUAGAACAUAGCUUAGCAUAUACUAUGCAGCAAACUAUUGGAAAAAAAGGAUUAAAUGUAUUUAAAACGAAAGGAACUGUUUUAAGAUUGACCAGGUCAUACUAUCAAGAGCAAGGAGCAGUGGGAGUACUCUUCCAGAACUUAAACCUAAUCAAGCUGCCCCAUUGCUGGUUGCCUGAUGCAGUAUUAUCAGUGGCAUCGAAUGUACUGAAAAUUGAAACGAUCCUAUCUAAGAUGAUAAUAAAUGCAAAUUAUGUAUUGUUGAGGAAUAAGUCUGAUAUAAUCGAGAAUGUAGUGAGCCAAGACCCUUUCAAGACUUCACCGUUUUUAUUUAAACAGGUUCAUAACCUCGGCCAUGUUACGUUCUUGGCUGAGGGGUGUACACUAUCAGGUUAUCUAAUAACGAGAUUAAGUGGAGGAAAAAUCAACUUGGGACAUGACAAUUUACAGCUUCAAAAUUGUGAAUACUCUGUAGAGAUUUAUAAGAAAAAGAGGGGGGACCCACCCGUUAUAGCUCGUUUUGCUGACCAAAAUGCUGGAAAUAGUUUGGAUAUCAAUCACUACCUGUUAAUGACAUUAAGAGAGGAAUUUGUAACAAAAAUACAAGCAGCACUUUUCAGUAAUGUAAAUACUUCUGCUGUAUUUGGAGGAAAUCUACAAGCCUAUGAAGAAGAACAAGAGAACAUAUUCCUCAGGACUUCGAGUAACUUGACCAAAAUUAUCAGAGAUCGAAACAAACGUAUUUUAGAUAUGAAUGGGGGAUCUGUUAAAAUUCCUGAUUACCGCUUAGAACGCUCAAUGGAGUUUAAUAGGCUCAGCUCGAUAGAGUUCACCAAAAUGGUUCUAACUGGAUUGGAUACCGCAUAUAAUUCUUACAGUGGUGGCCCCUACAAAUUUGACGAUCCAAUGGUUGGUGAACAGAUAAGGUUUAGUAAGCUACAGGUCCGUGGCGCCGUAGCGUUAUCACCAAGUGAAGGUGAAGGUGACGAUACUUAUAACUUCGCUGUGGAGAUAACUGACUUUGCCAUUAAUAUAGAAAUUAAUAUAAAUAACGGAACAUUCAACAACAUUAAAACUGAAGUCGUCGGCUACAGGAAUAUAGAGUUCAUGCAAGAAGAUAUUAUUAUGGGACCACUUCAAACACUUAUAACUGGCUAUUUGAAGAAUGAAGUGCCUAAAGCCAUUAUUGAAAAUAUGGAUUUCCAUAGUAAACCUGAAAACAUGAAGAAGCUUACACAAGUCAUUGGGAACAAAGACGGCGUUAUGGGUUCUCUUGCAAUGUCAGGGACUGGCAGCGAAACAGAUGAAUCGAAUUUUCUUAAAUUAAAUGAAUAA